UAAUUGAAUCUUCAGAUGGAAAUUAUACACGCACUCCAUACAAACGGAUGGAAAAAGAACUUCGGAGACAUAUUUUGGAAGCUGUUUUUUACGAAGAAGGAUGAUUUGAAGCCGUUUUACUUUUUUUUUAUAAAAACGUUGCCUCACACUAGGAUUGUCUCCUGUGUCGUGGGUACGUUUAUAAACAUACAAGUUCACAUACACAUGACACCCAGACCCGGAACAACGAUUUGAGGAUUACACAAAGAGUUGCUUCGUGCAAGAAUCGAACCCGCGACACGUUGUGUGGCAGCCGGUUGCCCAGCCACCGGACUAAUCGUGCUGUCGUUUUAUGAUCUGUGCUCGAGGCAC